CCGAAGGAGGACGGAUAGUUUGUGACGGAGUGACAGUUUCCGUUGUGUGGCUGACUGACGGAGUAGCACAUGGAUUUUGUCUGCCUGUUACCCUUAACCAGGAUAGUUUAGGAAAUGGCUACCAAAUUGUGACCGCAGGCUUGUAGGAAAGUCAAUUGGUCUAUCUGUUUGAAAAAGGGAAAAAUAAGUAUUUAGGCAUGUCUGACGGUUUGUAGUAGAAUAUAGUUCACAAUCACCGCAGGUCGUCUAAGUUUUAAUGUGAGCCACUAUCCCACUCUCCCUCUUCGGGUGCUUGUGUAGAACAGCCUGGCCCGUGACCAGCUGUCCCCGACGCGCGAUCCCAGCACAAUCUAUGGCUCUUCCACCCUCACGCGAGAGAUAGCCCGACACGGACAGGACUCUUUCGAAAAUAGACCGGACCGCUUUGACCCCCCUCUCCUGUCCCCCACACACACACCCUCCCUUCAAAUCCACUCCCUUCUCUCUCCGCUGAGGAGCGUCGUAGUUGUACCCCGCUCCCCGUUCGCCAAGCCCGCACCGACUGUACAAAACUGGACCACAGAGAACCAGAUAAAGCAUUCCAAUAAGCGUUACCGAGAACAGAAAACUACCAAGGGAAGGGGGAGAGGAGAAUUCGGAGGUCAAACGACAGUGGCGAUCCCCAUCAAAUACCAAGCUGAUUGGCGAUGAGUCGCAGCAUCGUACGACAGAGUAAGUUCCGACACGUCUUUGGCCAGGCGGUGAAGACGGAGCAGGGCUACGAUGACAUACGCGUUUCCAAGGUGACGUGGGACAGCUCGUUCUGUGCCGUCAACCCAAAGUUCCUGGCCGUCAUCGUGGAGUCCAGUGGGGGCGGAGCCUUCCUCGUCCUGCCCCUCUCUAAGAUGGGUCGUCUGGAUAAGAACCACCCGUUGGUGACUGGCCACGCUGGGCCCGUCCUGGACAUCGACUGGUGCCCUCACAACGACAACAUCCUGGCAUCCUGCUCAGAGGACACCACCGCCAUGGUGUGGCAGAUCCCUGACCAGAUGGGGACCCAGCCCAUAUCAGAGCCCAUUGUGGUGCUGGAGGGACACUCCAAACGUGUUGGCAUUGUCACCUGGCACCCCACUGCACGCAACAUACUACUCACUGCAGGCAGUGAUAACCUGAUAAUAAUCUGGAACGUGGGGACUGGCGAGGCCCUCAUCUCCAUGGACGACCACCCAGACCUCAUCUACAACGUCAGCUGGAACCGUAACGGCAGCCUGUUCUGCACCACCUGUAAGGACCGACGCCUCCGCGUUUGUGACCCUCGCAAGAGAGAGGUGGUCGCGGAGAGGAUGGCUCCACACGAUGGGAUCCGACCAAUGAGGGCCAUCUUCACCAGAGACGGAAACCUGUUCACUACCGGCUUCACCAGGAUGAGCCAGAGAGAGCUGGGCCUGUGGGACCCGACACAGUUUGAGGAACCCAUUGCACUGCUGGAGUUGGACACAAGUAACGGGGUGUUGUUACCGUACUACGACCCAGACACCAACAUGGUUUACCUCUGUGGAAAGGGGGACAGUAGUAUCCGGUACUUUGAGAUAACAGAGGAGCCUCCCUAUGUCCACUACCUCAGUACCUUCAGCAGCAAGGAGCCUCAGAGGGGGAUGGGCUUCAUGCCCAAGAGAGGAGUGGAUGUCAGCAAGUGUGAGAUUGCCAGAUUAUAUAAACUCCAUGACAAGAAGUGUGAACCCAUUGCCAUGACAGUACCUAGAAAGUCGGACCUGUUCCAGGAUGACUUGUACCCAGACACGGUGGGCCCCGACCCGGCCCUGGAGCCAGAGGAGUGGCUGGAGGGGCGAGACGAGGACCCCAUCCUUCAGUCCAUGAGGGAUGGCUACGUUCCCCCCAAGAGCCGCGAGCUCAAAGUGGCUAGGAAGAAUGUUCUGGACUCUAGACCCACCCCCAGACGCAGCAUGUCCUCCUGCGAUGGCUCAGCCAACCUGCCCCCUCAGUUGGUAGAUCGGUUGUUGGAGGAAGUUAAGAAUCUCAAAGUGACAGUUCUGUCUCAAGAGAAGAGAAUCUGUGACCUGGAGAAUAAACUAUCCAAGUAUACCAACGGCACAGCCUGACACACACAGACACACACACACACACACACACAUACACAUCCCGCACACACACACCGCGGCAACCCCUACACACACAAAUACAGAUACAACGUUAAAACACACUGAAACAACAGCGCCAUUCCCCUACACACACUGCACAAUAACCUUACUUACCUUAUAGACACAGCGUGAUUCAGUCAAAGGCGUAAUCAACAAGCACAUUGCACUUGACCUUGAAAGGCGCAUUGUCAGAGGUGCAGUGUGCAACCUAACUUUAAAUGAAUCUGUCCCUAACAAUAACCCCUAACUUCAAACACACAUAACCCCCACCCCCAAAACAUAAACAUA